GUCUUUCGGAAAUUGGCUCCGAUGCGCACUAGAGACUAUACUCAGGGUUCCGAGCCUCACGACUUGCAGGCGUUCAGGCGUGGAUCAGGGCCCAAGCGAACGCGAGGACCCAGCAUGGGCCGGGAUUGGGCGGUUGGUGGUCGCCUCUGACCAAGUGUCCUGCUGGAAGAGGCAGCCAAGGAAAGGUGCCAGAGCAGAGGCGCACGAGAGAGCUAUUGAAAGGGAUCGCUUUACUUUUGUCAGGUGGAAGAAGAGCGUCUAGUUUGGUGAAGGAGCACUAUACCGCGCCAGGACAGUGCUCCUGGUGGCUCCUCUUCUGUACUCUCGGAGAAGAAUGGAGGGCAGUGGAAAGCUCGCAAUGGUAGAGGAUGCUGUGGAGUACCAUCUCUUCCUGAUACCAGAUAAAGCCAGAGGCACAGAAGAGCACAGAGAGAUUCUUCAGAAGUACAUUGAACGGAUAAUGACCCAGUUCGCACCCAUACUGGUCCCUUAUAUCUGGCAGAAUCAGCCUUUCAAUCUCAAAUACAAGCCUGCAAAAGGAGGUGUUCCUGCUCAUAUGUACGGCAUGACAAAGUUUGGAGAUAACAUUGAGGAUGAAUGGUUUAUUGUUUAUGUAAUAAAGCAGAUUACAAAGGAAUUUCCAGAGUUAGUGGCCAGGGUUGAAGACAAUGAUGGUGAGUUCCUGUUAAUAGAAGCGGCCGACUUUCUCCCUAAGUGGUUGGACCCUGAUAACAGUGCCAACAGGGUGUUUUUUCAUCAUGGGGAGCUGUGCAUUAUUCCUGUGCCGAGGAAAUCUGAAAGGAUACCAUGGUUACCCAUGACACCACCAACAAUCCAGCAAGCUUUGAGUAUAAUCUCGGCACACCCAGAAGCUGUUUUGGCUUCAGAAUCUAUACAAGCUGCUGUGGACAGGCGCGUCAGUGGGUACCCAGAAAGGGUCGAAGCAUCCCUCCAUCGAGCACACUGCUUCCUUCCAGCCGGCAUUGUGGCGGUGCUCAAGCAACAGCCCAGGCUGCUGUCGGCAGCCGUCCAGGCCUUCUACCUACGGGACCCCAUUGACCUAAGAGCCUGUCGUGUCUUCAAGACAUUUUUGCCUGAAACACGAAUAAUGGCCUCGGUCACUUUCACGAAAUGUCUGUACGCACAGCUGGUACAGCAGAAGUUUGUGCCAGACCGGCGGAGUGGAUACGGGCUCCCACCUCCAUCACAUCCCCAGUACCGAGCUUAUGAACUGGGCAUGAAGUUGGCUCAUGGAUUUGAGAUUUUGUGCUCCAAAUGUAGCCCACAUUUUUCUGACUCCAGGAAGUCUCUUGUGACUGCCUCACCGCUCUGGGCCAGCUUCCUUGAAAGUCUGAAAAGGAAUGACUACUUUAAGGGACUGAUGGACGGCUCUGCGCAGUACCAGGAGAGACUAGAAAUGGCAAAGAACUAUUUCCAGCUCUCUAUACACCGGCCAGAAAGUUCACUUGCUAUGAGCCCAGGCGAAGAGAUCCUAACCGUGUUACAGACACAGCCAUUUGACGUCGCCGAGCUCAAGACAGAAGAAGCUGACCUUCCUCCGGAGGACGAUGACCAGUGGUUAGACCUCUCACCAGACCAGUUAGACCAGCUACUGCAAGAUGCUGCGGGCAGAAAAGAAUCCCAGCCCGGUCCCCAGAAGGAGGAGCUGCAGAACUAUGAUGUAGCGCAGGUCUCAGACAGCAUGAAGGCCUUCAUCUCCAAAGUGUCUAGCCACAAGGGGGCAGAGCUGCCCAGAGACCCUUCGGAAGCUCCAAUCACUUUUGAUGCAGAUUCUUUUCUGAAUUAUUUUGAUAAGAUUUUAGGAGCAAAGCCUCAGGAGUCAGACUCUGAGGAUGACCCGGGUGAGGAGGACGUGGAAGGUGUAGACAGUGAUGAUGACGUGGGCUUUGAGGCUCAGGAGUCUGAGUCUCUGAAAGGAGCCCUUGGCAGCCUCAAGUCCUACAUGGCCCGGAUGGACCAGGAACUGGCACACACCAGCAUGGGCAGAAGCUUCACCACGCGGGAGCGAUUGAAUAAGGACCCUCCAUCCCACACUGCAAAUGACAAUUCAGAUGAAGAAGAUUCUGGUGCAGGAGAUUGCGCUGUUGAAGCAGUGGAUGUAGACCUGAACCUGAUUUCAAAUAUACUGGAAUCCUACAGCUCCCAAGCGGGCCUGGCAGGACCUGCUUCCAAUCUGUUACACAGCAUGGGUGUGCGACUGCCCGACAACGCUGAUCACAACCCCCAAGUCAGCCAGUGAAGGACUAGCCUGCACAUCAGCCACCCUUCUCAGGAAUAAACGACUCUUCAUAAGCACGCCUUUAAUCCCAGCACUCGGGAGACAGAGGCAGGCGGAUUUCUGAGUUCGAGGCCAGCCUGGUCUAGAAAAUGAGUUCCAGGAGAGCCAGGGCUACACAGAGAAACCCUGUCUCAAAAAAAAAAAAAAAAAAAAAAAAAAGAGCAUCUGUCUUCUGUGCAGGUUUCAGAGUCCCCGGGCCACCGUCUCCCAAGUCCUGUGACCUGGACACCGAUUCUCAUGAGCUUGUUUGAUUUGUUUUACAUUUGCCCAGGACGGAAUCUCCAUUGUAGUAAACCACUGUGCUGUUGGCUGUUGGUGUAAUUCUGAAUAUUCAGUUUCUCCCUUAGGUAUGUUCCUCCUCUGGUCAGAAUUCUAAGUUGGCAAAAAUCCCAUUUCAUUCACUUUUUAAUGAAAUAGAAAGUGCUAAAACUUAGUGUUCAGUCUGUGACAUUCUGCACGCGCUCCUAAUUGAGGGUAAGAACUUAUUAUUCCUUAAUUAACAAUUAAAGACAUUAGCAGACAGACUGGGUCUGACUGAGGCAUCUCACACCUGGGUACUUGCUUGGCUUCUGUCCCCUCCUCUACCCAGGCUGCCCUGCUUCGUGUCUUUGUAUAUACAUUUAAGUCUCAGUUCCACAUGUAAGGAGAUGUUCUUUUUUUGUCCUCUCUUGGUCCCCUCCCCAUUAAUUCCCUUCUGGUUCCGUGUCACAUUGUCACAUUUACCUUUUUUUUUUUUUUUUUUGGUUUAUUGAGAGUCUGUGGCCAGGGUGGCCUCAUAUCUUCUGUUGUUGGAACACAUUGAAGGAAAUUGAUUUUUUUUCAUUUG